AUGGGAAAGCUUGGAGCUUCCUCCAAGGCGAUCGACCCCACACUCGACGCUCUUUUCGCAAGCAGCGCUGGUCCGGUACAGGAUCCGUCGAAAACCCGUCAGCCGAGGACAGAAGAGAAAUUUGCCCAUAUCGAGAAGACCACUGGAGCCGCGCGAGGCAAGGACCAGGACCAGGAUGAGGAGAAGGAUGAGGGGAUGCUCGACGAUGAAGACUUAUCUGAGGCCAGCGGCGAGCUAGAGUACGACGAGGGUGAAGAGGAUGAGGAGGAGGAGGAUGACGAAGAAAGCACGGAAGAUGCAGACGAGGCAGCGAUGUCAGAUUCCGAGCAGGACGCUGAACAGCCUGCAUCGAGCUCAGCCGAUGCUGCUCAAGCCCCUUCCAAAGAGCGCAAACGGAAGCGGAAGGACGAGCACGACGACCUAGAGGACAAGUACCUGACGAAACUCACGAAAGACGACCAGCCCGCCGAGAAACGCCACAAGGUCGUUGACAAGUCCGACGAUGGGGAGGACAAUAUCCCCCAGCACGAGUCCUUGGCCAAGGAUACUAAAUCAUUUGAGCUUGAGAAGGCCGAUCGUACGGUCUUUCUCGCCAAUGUUGCCUCUGCUGUCAUCAACUCGAAAGCGGACAAGAAGACACUACUUGCCCAUUUGGCUUCGGUUCUUGAUGCCGAUGCUGGCGAGAAGGUCGAGUCGAUUCGAUUCCGCUCGACGGCCUUCUCCGCCGGAUCCAUGCCUAAACGAGCUGCCUUUAUUACAAAGCAACUGAUGGAGGCCACUACGAAAUCUACCAAUGCGUAUGCUGUGUUUUCAAGUGUCGCCGCGGCCAACAAGGCGAUCAAGCAGCUGAACGGGUCGGAAGUACUGGGCAGGCACAUCCGUGUGGAUAGCGUAUCGCAUCCUACGCCUACUGCGCACCGACGCUGCGUGUUCGUGGGCAAUCUGGGCUUCAUGGAUGACGAGUCGGUCCUCAACACAACUGAAGACGGUGAAACGGUCAAGAAGAAGCGCAACAAGGUGCCUGCGGAUGUCGAAGAAGGCCUUUGGCGGACAUUCAGCAAAUCUGGCAGAGUCGAGAAUGUCCGUGUCGUGCGCGAUCCCAAGACCCGUGAUGGCAACAGCGUGGAGUCGGCCCUUUUGCUCGACGGCAAGAAGUUUCCUCCCAUGCUUCCUCGUUUGUUGCGAGUCACCAGAGCCAAGGACCCUCGCAAGACGGCGCUCGCCCAGGAACGUGAGCGCGAGAAGUUCAGCAAUAUUCGGUCCGCUGGUAAGGAUACCAAGUAUAAGAAGAAGCUCACGCCAGAGGAGCUUUCGCAGGCUGGUCGCGCUGGCAAACUGCUCGGUCGUUCCGGUGCCGCGCAGGAGAUGAGGCGGAUAUCUGGCAAAGACCGUGCCACAUCGCGCCCUCAGGUCGACGCCACAGACGGCAUGAAGACCCCGGAACAGAUCGUCCUCGAAGGAACCAGGGCUUCGGUCAAGUUUGGCAAACCAAAGGACUUAAGGUUUGGAAAGAAGAAGAAGGCGAAGAAUAACAAGCCCGCGGGCCGAGGCACGCGAAGGGCUGCUGAGUGGAGGAGCAAGAAGAAGGACUGA